AUGGCCGACGAGUCAGACGAUGAUCUCUAUGGAGACGAGAGUGCGACACAGCAAAAGAAGGAUGUCAAGAAGGCCGAGGACAACUCGAGCGGGGAUGAGCCCAUGGACGAGGAGUCGGGUGAAGAUGACGACAGUGACUCAGACAUCGACAUCAUCAUUGAGAAGGCGCCUGCGCCAGCCAAACCCACAGCCACACAUCAAACACAAGAAUCCAAGGCAGUAAAGAUUGAAGCUCCCGCACCCUCGUCUACACCAGCACAGCAACCACAAAAGCCCGCUCCUACGGCAGGCGGCACCGUUCCCCAGCUAUCUGCAUCCGCCCUCUCAGGCACUGCCUUCCCCGCCCAACGCACCUCGACCAUUGACGUAAACGGCAACCCCGUCUAUCCACCACAAGGCAAAGACAUUCUAUCCGUAGACAUUGAUGCCGAUCUCGCUGAAGAACAGAAAAUCUGGCGUCGGCCGGGCGAAGACCAGUCGGAUUACUUCAACUAUGGCUUCGACGAGUUCACAUGGGAGCUUUAUAGACAGCGCCAGGUAGCCAUGGCGAACACACUACAGGGCCAGAAGAACGACAUGGCGCAGAUGCAGGCCAUGAUGGGCGGUGGGCCCAUGCCUGGUAUGCCUGGUAUGGGAGGCGUCCCCCCGCAAGGCAACGGAGCGCCAGGUGGAGCGCCGCCUUCUGGCCCUGGGGGUGCCGGCGCUGGUGCUGGUGCCGGUGCCGGCGGAGCAAUGGGGCCUGGCAGUAUGAACGAGCAGCAAAUGCAGAUGAUGAUGCAAGAGAUGAUGGCACAAGGCAUGGACCCGAGCCAGAUGGACUUUGCCUCAUUUAUGCAAAUGGCUGGCCAAGGUAUGGGGGGCUUCCCUGGUGGGCCUGGCGGCCAGCAGGGCGGGGGAUUCCAGCAAGGCCACCAAGGCGGGGGAGGGAGAGGCGGACGGGGUGGAAGGGGACGAGGCUGGUAA